AUGCUUCGACAACAUGAUUCAACCAUUGACAACGCUGAAACAACUUCAAAUGACCAUAAUACAGAAUAUGAUAGCUUAUCGUCGUCGUCAUCAUCAAUUAUCGAUGAAGAUAUCGAUUUUGAUUUAGUUUAUUCAAUGCAUACAUUUGAAGCUACUGUUGAAGGUCAAGCAAGUGUAGAAAAAGGUGGUACAGAGUCAUUUGGAUUAGCAGGCGAUACAUUGUUAUUAUUUACUGUUUGUUUGAUAGGAAUUCCAGCAGGCUUUCUUUUCGAUUUAUUUUUGUUUGAUUUGUUUAUUGAAGCAGAUAUUAGAGAAAUUCCGGAACUGGGUGAAUUGGUUGCUUCAAAAAUCAUUGAUCAGGUUAGUGAUGAUAAUUGGAGUGAGAUAUUAUUUAUUGGUUGGAAGACAAAAAAUUAUUCUUUGAAAAAUGCUGCGCUCAGUUAUAUUCGUAUUAAUUGGGAAAAAAUUAAGCGAGGUAGAAAGAUCAAUGAAGUGAUAGCACAUGGUGAUAUGGAGUUAAUCGAUGAAUUAAUGUAUACCAUUUGUUUUGGUGUAAUCCUUGCGUUUUAA